AUGGCCGACACGUUGGACCCGGCCGCGUCGGAGCAGCGACGGUCCAAGAACACGUUGCGGAACAUGAUGCAGCACCUCACCGUCGAACCCCCCGAGGACGAAUCCUCGCCCCGCGGUAGCUCCUUCAUCCGCCGUCUCAGCUUCCGAAGGAGCCGCAGUCGCUCGGCCCACUCGGACGCCUCGACGGCGCCCCGGGCGACGACGGUGCCUCGCAACGUCGAUGCCUCGCUCUGCGACGCCUGCGCCAGCUUCGCCCUCGACGUCGACCACGCGCUGGACGAGGUCGACCUGUCCUUCACAAAGGCCGUCAACCCCGGCGCCGACGACGGCUUCGACAAGAAGGAGUAUCUCCUCCUCAAGCUCCACGGCCUCUGGGAGAACCGUUGGGUGGCCACCUGCCCCCUCUGCAAGCUCUUCUGGUCCGUCCACGUCGCCGGCCACGGGGACGGCCACUACUGCCUCUCGGCCUUUUCCACGAGAGACACCAACUACAUGAUCGACCCGGUCAAGAUGUUCGACAUGGGCCAUCCCGCCACGGCAAAGGCCGGCGGCCUCGCCCCCGCCUUCCUCGCCGUCGUGCCGCAAGACGACGCCGGUCACUGGCGCGUCUCGUCCCAGUCCUUCCGCCGGUCGGGCAUGCUCCUCCGAACCGUGGCCGCGACCCAGGCCGACCUCCCGCGCGGACGGACCCGGCCCGGACGGCUGCCCCCCGAACCGCCCGUCUUGACCGUCAACGACCUGCCGUCGGGGCCGCCGCGGCAGGGCAUGUGGGGGAGGGAGAUUGGACGGACGGCCGACAUGUCCGUCGCGAGAGGCUGGCUGCAGUUUUGCCAGGCGCACCACGACACCCGCUGCCGACGGCGCCCCGUCCGAGCCGAGAUGCCCGCCUUUCGGCUCAUCGACUGCAGCAAAUCCCCCCCGAGGCUCGUGCUGGCGUCGCUGCGCGAGGACUACGUCGCCUUGAGCUACGUCCUGGGCCGGGGCGCAUCCGAAUCCUGGCCGAGAGUUGUGCAGGAUGCCGCCGCCGUCACCCGAGAGCUGGGGUUCCGCUACCUCUGGGCCGACCUCUUGUCCAUGGCCGGCGCCGGAUCAUGGGAGCGGGCCGAGCAGAUAUCGCGCAUGGAUGAGAUUUUCGAGGGCGCCGUCCUGACCGUCGUGGCCGCCCACGGCGACGACGCGACCCACGGGCUCCCGGGCGUCGGCUCCACGCCGCGGCCGCCGCAGCCGAGGUACCGCUUCGCCGAUUCGGACAUGACCCUCGUCUCGAGCCUGCAGGACCCGCGCGUCGCCAUCGAGGACUCGACCUGGUACACGCGCGCCUGGACCUACCAGGAGGGCUUCCUCGCCCGUCGCCGCCUCAUCUUCACCGAGCAGCAGAUGUACUGGGAGUGCGACGGCAUGCUCUGCCCGGAGACACUGGUCCUGCCGCUCGAGCUGUACCACGACGCCGAGCAGCAGCGGAUGGCGGACUUUGUGCGGCCGGGCCUCUUCAACGGCGUCUCGUACGCCGACGGCGGUUGGGAAGCCUGGAAGAAGCUGCCGUCGAAGCAGCCGGACGAGGAGCGGCCGAGCACUUUGAGCAUCUUCCGCGAGUCGGACAGGCACGUUGCGAUAUACACGAAGCGGACGCUCGGCUGCGACGCCGACUCACUUGACGCCUUCGCCGGCAUCUCGGCAAGGUUGGAGGGAACGCUCGGCCGGGGACGGCUCGGGAACGUCGUCGGCAUCCCUCUCUGGGCCCCCGCCGCCGCCGCCGACGGCGCCUCGGUGCCUCGGACGAAGGAUAUGUUCGCCAUGUCGACGGCCUUUUGGCAUCACGUCGGCGCCGACAAGCCGCGGCGCCGACGGCAGCUCCCCAGCUGGACCUGGGCCGGCUGGGAAGGCGCCGUCGAGCUGCACUCGUCCAUCACCGUCGCCAACGCCGACGGCGCCGGCAAGGAUCGCAAGCGGCUCAACCACCACUACGUCACGGCGACGCAGCUCACGCGGAACGAGCCGUUGUCGGUCAGGUGGACGUACGCGCCCGCCAUGGCCGUCUUGGCGCCCGACGGCAGCCUGGCCUACGACUUCGGCGCCACCGACGGGCCGCCGCCGCGUCUCGGCCAGGCACCCUACGCUCUGCGCGUGUCGGACCCCUUGGUGCUCGACAGCGUCAAGGCCCGGACGCACGAGCACGGCUGGAUCUUCAACGACGUGAGCGUCGACGUGCGUCUGAGCCGCGGCCGCGGCACCGACGACAUGUCGGCGUCGCCGGCGAUGCCGAGCAGCAUCCGGGAGUACCUCGAGAACCACGCGCGCGGCCACCAGAUGUCGGUGCUGUGGUUCGUCGAGGAGGCCCUCGUCCUGCUGCUCGUCAUCCAGCGGACCGAGGCGGGCCGGUGGGAGCGGGCCGGCAGGGCGAGGAUGGCGUUUGCGCAAGACGCCAAGGAGGUGACCAAGCGAUUCGGGAGGCUCGAAGCGAUGCUGAAUCACCUGCCCCUGCGGCGGCUUGGGGAGGAUCUCAUUAUUGAGUAG